AAUCAGGAUAAGAGUGUCCGACAACUGACCGAUGAGUUGCGCGCUCUUCACGACCAGAACGACGCCAAACAACUCCAUCAACAGGUCUGUCAUCACCGGUGUCUGUCAUCGCCGGUGUCUGUCAUCGCCGGUGAAAUGCGCGAUAAUUACGAGCAAAGAGUGCGUGAACUGAGCGAUGAGACAAAGGCUCUGAGGGAUCAGUUGAACAAAGAGCUGAAUUGGAAACGAAAAUAUGAGGAUUCGGUGAAAAAAGGUGAACAGAAUAGCAAUCGAUUGCAGGAUCUGUACGAUAAGAUCCAUAACCUCGAGAGCGAGUUGACCGCCAAAGCGAACCAAAUCGACACCAAAGAC